AUGGCCUCCAGAGACUUCGAGAUAUUCUACAAGGAGACGCGAUUGAAUUUAGAACCUGCGUCGCAAUCAUCGACCGUCCAAAUCCGUGUCGCACCGCAGGGCGCCUAUGGACGGUCGAGCUCAAGUCGGAGUGGCCCCUCGGCCGACGACGAAAAGGGAUACAAAUCGAAGAGUCUAGCGACAGCAUCCUCCAUUUACUACCGGAAAUACAACGGCUCACCACGAGGCUUCAUAUGGCGGGUCUUGGAUAACGGCAAUGUCCUCAGUCUGCGCGUCGCCGAUGUCUGCAAACAAGAGAAGGAGCCUGAUGCGCCGCUCAUCUUGAACCUCCGUUUUCCGACUCCGAUUCGGACAUCCUGCAUCGGCUUUGCCGACUACGAAGACGGCGAUGCGCUCUGCGUCUAUGCUGUGGACCACUCCAACCAACUAUGGUCGCUCACACUGCGGCCGGAUCACUUUCGGAAACGGACCGCGACCGAUGGGGGGCUAGGCGAUGCUUGCAAGUCGUAUUCGCCUCCGGGAUUCGGGUUUAAGCAUCCGCAUAGACUGGCCGUUGUCAACCCUGACCAGCUGAUCGUGACCAUGCACGAUGGCGGCAUCUUGAAGUUCGACAGGAACAGGGCGUUUGACUCAAAUGGAGGGGCGUGGAAGGAAACCAUCUACAACGUUGCCGGAUGGGGGCAAAGUCUUCGGGGGUUGGUUCCCUUCCAACGAAACCCGACUAUCAGGUACGACAAGGUCAACAUGGAGUUGACGGCAGCCGCCUCGACAGCAGUUACGACCAUGGGCCAUUCCGAGACGGCAUUCCUGUUUACCAUCUGCCUGGAUCACCGUAUGAGAGUGUGGGAUGUGCGGACCGGCCAGAUUCUGUACACUGGCGACAUUCUAAACACGAGGCGUGACCCCCAAGAAGUUGGCAAGUGGACCGUCGAUCCGUCUCAGGGCAACCUGAUCCGGAUACUGGAGAGCGGCCGCGGGCAAUGCCUGGUAGUGACAUACUCCCCUGUUGGGGCUGGCGAGUUCAAGUUCUGGAAGGUGAAGGCAAACGAUCAGGGGUCGCUGUGGACGAUGUGGAAGAACAACACCAGCUAUCGCGUGCACAGGUUGCAAGUACAACCACAGAACGGGACGGAGCCUUUUGGCGACGGCUGGAAGGCGGUGCAUGUCGACAACACGGUACCGACUGUGCGGGUGUCAGGGUCCUGGAACCCAACAGACUCGGCCGAGAAGUGGCUCGACCUCAUCUUCUUCCCUGGCCGCUUCUCCAAAUCGACCCUCGAGACAGCGCUGGCGAUGUACGAGAAAGGAUUGGGUACUUACAAGGAGUCGGCGUCCAAGGCCGGCAGGAGCAUCGCAGAAUCUAUUUGCUCUGUACUAGGAUCGACCACGACAUUGGACCGGAGCCCAUCAGGGGGCGCAGACUACGACCAGUUCAGAAACACGAGCGAGACUCAGUGGAUGCGCUUCUGGCGACUCUUGCUCGAGCUCGAUAAACAAAGGGGCGAAGCCCUCUCACUGGUCUUCGACCCCUUGGAUGGUAUGAUCUGGGUUGCUUGCGCCGACUUGGUUGCCGCUGUCAGGCAGUGCAGCGACCUCGACCGUGUCUACUACAACCUCCAGUCUCCCGAAAAGAGGCACGAAGAUGUCGCUGCGCUGGUGUCGGCCGGUUUGACCUUUGUGGACAGCUUUUCAGACAGCAUGCACCAACUAAGCAAUUCUGCUUUAAGGGCCGAGUUAUAUGGAAAUUCGGCCCGGUCAGAUAGCGAACGGAUGCAGCUAUUUUUGGACCGCGCUGGGUUCUGGCCCUCGAUUACGGACGAGGAUUUGGCCCAGGUGUUUGACACCCUGGGUCAGAACUACCAGAUGGUGACAGCGCGGCUUUACGAGGACCUGUUCGACCUUAUCACGGUGACGAGUGAGGCAAACUCUCAAGAGCUGCGGGAACCCUUCACGGGAUUCGGAAGGAAAGUGGUCGUUCGUGCCGUACAGGAGACCAUCGAGCUCCACUGGCAGAUCCUCUUUAGCCAGCUCAUCCUGCUUGUGCACAUGGAGUUUGAUAUCGAAAGCGAGGACGCUUCUCCACUGCACUCGCGGUUCGAGGUCGGCUCAGUGUAUCGCCGCCUGAUCGAUGCUCUCCGUAGACUGGAACACUUAAGGUGGAUGGCGAAGACUGAGUUGAGCUUUUCAACAACAAAAUCAGGUGGCUCCGGUUCCUCUUCGCCAGCCUUGACAAAGCGCGUCCAAGAUGAGAAUAACACCAAAACCGCUCUCGAAGGGCUGACCGGGCAUCUUUUCGGACUUCCAGAGAGCAACAACGUGCCUCUACUCUCGAGCAUCACCGAUCUGGUGUUGGACCUUUGUGCUCCCAGCAGUACGACCGUCAUCUACACCUGGCUGCUGCAGUGCUCGCUCCUCAAACAGGACCGGCCCGAUCUUGCAUUGGAGCUUCACCCCUUUGCUGAUGAGGAUGCAUUUUCCACAUACGUCCAAGGCCGCGUCUUCCUCGCGCUCAGGGACCACGACACAGCUUCCUUUUACUUCAAAAAGGCCGCCAUUGGCCUGAGCAUUUCCCUCAAACACUUAGACAGACACAGCGCGGGGCUUCUCGACGACACAGAAUGGAAUCUCCUUAACAGCGGGCUUCCAAACUACUACUCCCACAUCGUCAGCCUCUACGACCGGCAAAAGGCCUACUCCUUCGUCAUGGAGUUCUCCCGCCUCGCGCUGCAGUUCGUCCAACAAGGAGGUAGCAAUAACAACAACCACGAAGCCACGGGCGCUAUCAAAACCGAGAUGCUCAGCCGCCUCUUCGCGGCCGCCACCUCCAUCUCGCACUUCGAGGAAGCCCACUCGGCCCUGCUCUCCCUCGACGACGAAGCCCUCCAGAAAUCCUACCUCCGCCGCCUCGUCGAGAAGAUGUGCGAGACGGGCCAGAGCUCCGAGCUCAUCACGCUGCCCUUCUCGGGCCUGCAGACCAAGGUCGACGACAUGCUGGUCGACAAGUGCCGCGCCGCCCGCGACGUGCUCGCCGGCGUCCCCUACCACCAGAUCCUCUACGCCUGGCGCAUCAGCCACAACGACUACCGCGGCGCCGCCGCCGUCCUGCUCGACCGCCUGCAGAAGCUGCGCCGCGCCGGCGAGGGCGAUCGCGUCGCCGGUGGCGGUGGCGGUGUGAGCUCGAAUAACGCAGCCGGCGCCGUCGACGACGCCCUUGACACCCAGGUCACCAGGCAGUACCUGCUGCUGAUCAAUGCCCUGAGCUGUGUCCCGCCGCAGGAGGCGUAUAUCCUGGAAGAUGUGCUCCCUGGUGGGAGCGACGAGGAUGGGGACCAGCGGGGUAGCAAGACGGGGGGCGAUGAUCUGGAGGCGCAGGUGGACGAGCUUGUGAAGAGGCUGGAUGCGGAGGCGGCCCAGGACGUUGGUGGUGGUGGUGAGGGUGGUGACAACGAAACGGAGGAGGAGGAGGAUGCGCCGCUGCUGGAGAAGAUGAAGAGGUUCUCGGCGCGGAGCGGAAAGCAGUUGCCGCCGCGGCGGUUCCUUAUGCUGGCCGAUAUCCGGAAGCAGUACCAGCAGGAGUUGGACAGGAUCGUGGCGAUCCAGAACAACCAGUUUGGGUUUAGCCCCGAGGAUGAUUUGAUGGAUUUAGCGUGA